GGGAAAACCGGAGUGGGCUUCAGACUGAUGUACACUACGUCUUUUAGUGAAACAGUCUCGAUGAAUCCUGCCAGAAAGCAAGGCAGGAAGCAGUCACCUCCGCCAUGGACACACCAAUAUCUGCCGCCCCGACCCUAGCGGGAGACCGAACGCCCCCAACCUGCCAGCCCCUGAGGGAUGCCUUCGAUUCUAGCCCCGACACUGCUGGCGAGUCUUCCGACCAGGAUCUUGAAGUUGGCAAUGAAGUACGACUACACGGACAUCAAAGAGUCGAUCCCGCCGAGAAGUCGCGCCACAACGAUGCGAACGACAACGACGACAACGACCCCAACGUCGUGGACUGGGACGGACCAGACGACCCAGAACGCCCAAGGAACUGGCCCGCACGCCGCAAGGUCCUCUUCGUGAUAGUCACGUCGGCGAUGGUGACAUGCGUAUCCUUCGGGUCCAGCGUCUUCGCGCCGGCGGAGCACAUCUUCGCCGAGGAGUUCGGCGUGCCGCUGAUCGUGGGACAGCUGGGCGUCUCCCUGUGGAUCCUGGGCUUCUUCGCCGGGCCCAUCUUCUUCGGGCCCAUCUCGGAGCUGUACGGCCACCUGCUCCCGCUCUGCGUCGCCAUGGCCGGCAUGUCCGUGUUCCAGAUCCCUAUCGCGCUCGGCGGCAACGUGAGGACGGUGCUGGUCUGCAGGUUCUUCGCGGGCGCGUUCGGCAGCGGCGCCUUCGCCGUCGUGUCGGGGACGUACUUCGAGCUGUACGAGCCCAUCCCCCGCGGCGUCGCGCUCGCCUCCUCGGGCAUGUCCAUCAACCUCGGCGCCACCGUCGCCCCCGUGGCCGGCGCGUUCCUGUCCUAUGAGGCUCACUGGCGGUGGACGGCGUGGGUGACCCUGAUCUUUGCCGGGGUCCUCUGCUUCGCUGCGCUCUUCACCGUGAGGGAGACGUCGAGCCGGAAGAUCCUGCAGCUCAAGGCGAGGAGGCUGCGCUUCGAGACCAGGAACUGGGCGCUGCAUGCCAAGUCUGAGGAGACACCGAUCGAGCUGCACGAUAUCGCCCAGCGAUAUCUCACCAAGCCGGUGCGCAUCAUCGUGCAGGAGCCCAUCCUGGUCAUCCUGACGGCGUAUCUCACGCUGGUAUAUGGCAUCCUGUAUCUGUCUUUCCAGGCGUUUCCCGCCGCGUACCAGCAGCGCGGGUGGUCAGUCCCGAUGAGCGACCUGCCGUUCCUCGCGGUGCUCCUUGGGGUCAUCUCGGCGUUCCUCACCUGCUCGCUCUACACGAUGACGUACUACAAGAAGAGAGUCCUCGCGAACAACGGAAUGACGGAGCCCGAGUGGCGUUUGCCCCCCAUGAUCCUCGGUGCUGGACUGCUCCCCCCAUCCUUGUUCUGGUUUGGCUGGUCCGGGAACGUACACUGGAUCUGCCAGGUGAUCGCGAGCUAUAUGAUCGGGUACGGACUGCUACUCAUCUUCAUCACCGGCAUUGUGUAUCUUGUAGAUGUCUAUCAGCAUCAUGCCAACUCGGCCAUGUCAAUUCAUGUCAUCGUCCGGAGCCUGAUCGCAUGCUCAUUCCCGCUCUGGUCCAAUAUCAUGUACGACCAUCUCGGCAUACCGUGGGGGACUUCGUUGCUAGCGUUUCUGUGUAUCGUCAUGCUUUUCGCGCCAGUGACGUUCUACUGCUUUGGAGCGAAGAUCAGGAGCUGGAGCAGAUUUUCCGUCAGGACUGCUAUAUAGAGAGGGUAUGGGCAAAUCGAUAUGUCAGAUUGCAGAUGCUAAUUCCAAAGAGGGCGCCGCACAGUAUCCUUCUGUGCUCCUUUCUAGUUACACCACGGGCCAGGUGUUUUCUCUUUUCACAAAUGGUAUCAAGCCCCGAGUUCCCGCAGUUUCAACGCCCUUAGAGCCAAGGUAUACCGAAUCAAAGGAGUACCGUAAAACAUACAUAACCGUCACAAACUGACUGUUCCAAGUAAUACACAGGCUGCUUUCGAGAAUCUCAAGGUCCCGGCCUGGCAUGGGUAUCAAAAUCAUCCAAACACACACAACACCAGACCGCCAUUGUCUUGCAGUCAGUCAUCUCACGCACCCUCGGUCGGAGUCCCGCGAUCAACCUUCUUGCCCUUAUCCUUACCUUUGUCCCUGCCCUUGCUCGCCCGGCGCACGAGCAUCGGCAGCUUCUUGUCCAGGUAGCUCCUGACCUGUGCCGACGGGGCCAGCAGCCUGCCCGCGCGGCUGCCCAUCGAGGCCCGCUUCGCGGCCCUCUUGUCGCGCGCCUCCUGGCCCCGGAGCGCCGGGUGCAAGCCCAGCACCUCGGCCGGGUCCCCCCCGCCACCGCCACCGCCAUCGCCGCCGGGCCCGUCGGCCUUGAGCUGGAAGUCGCGCACCUGCGUCGUCGAGCUGCGCGUCAGGGUCGAGGGGCGCGACGACUCCGUCUGGGCGCGGGUGCCGUUGGUGCGCGUGCUCGAGUCGCGCUUCGGGGCGGUCUUUGAGGAGGAGGCCUCUGUGGUCGCCGUCGUCGCGGAGCGGGUGCGCCCCACGCGCGCCUCGGGCUUCUCCGCCUCGGGGAGGACGCCGUCCCACAGCUCGACGGUGCGCACGGAGAAGGCGGAGCCCAGGAUGCUCUCGAAGAGGCGCUCGGCCGUCAUCAUCAGGGCGAAGGGCUCGUCCUUGUAGACGGCUAUGAUGACGCCGUAGAGGACCUCGCCUUUUACCACCCAUGAUCCCGAGGCGGCAGGGCCUGUUUGGAACCAGUUGUCAGCAAGAUCACGCUGCAUGCAGACGGGGACUUUUACUGUGGGUUUUACUUGCCCAAUGGCUGAGCGGUCUGCACCCUGCGGACGCGGAAGUUCCUCCCCCGGAUGAUAAAGCACACCGAGCCCCAGACGAGCUGCGCAUCAGCCACGCGGCCCGCACCGCCCAGGAGAUACACCGGCCCCUCGUCGAGCGCGGACGAGCUCGCGGACGCGGUCGACCUGAUGGUGACGGGCGCGUCGGACCCGGGCGGCACGUACCGGUUCCGGAUGCCAGGCGGGACGUCGCGCAGGCGCAGCAUGGCAAAGUCGGUGGCGUUCUGGGGCC